UCCUAAUAGAGGGAAACAAGAAGAGUAAAAAAAGAAACUAGCUAUAACAUAGAAUUAGGCAGCAUGAAGUACCUAGUCUUGUUAUUUCUUCUAACAUGUGCUUUCGUAGCUACCCAUGCAAAAAUUCAUCGUCACAAAUUUGUGUUGAAGGAUACUCCAUACACGAGGUUGUGCAGCAACAAGAGCAUAUUAACAGUAAAUGGGGAAUUCCCAGGCCCAACAUUACAUGUUAGACAAGGAGAUACUCUUAUUGUUGAUGUUAUCAACCGAGCAACUGAGAAUGUAACCAUUCAUUGGCAUGGAGUGAAACAACCGAGAUAUCCGUGGUCAGAUGGUCCCGAAUACAUAACCCAGUGCCCGAUUCGUCCCGGGACCAGGUUUAGCCAAAAGAUCGUACUUUCUGAUGAGAUAGGUACUCUAUGGUGGCACGCUCACAGCGACUGGUCUCGAGCUACUGUGCAUGGUUCGCUCAUCGUCUAUCCAAAAGAGGGUGAUGCUUAUCCCUUCCCCACUCCUGCUGCUGAGAUUCCCAUCAUAUUAGGAGAGUGGUGGAAAAGCGACAUUCAGGCAGUCUUGUCUGAAUUUAUGGCUAGUGGAGGCGACCCAAUCAUUUCUGAUGCCUUCCUCAUAAAUGGUCAACCUGGUGAUCUCCAUCCCUGCUCUAAACCUGAUACAUUCAAGGUGAAGGUUGAUCAUGGGAAGACAUAUCUAUUCCGAAUGAUCAACGCAGUGAUGAACAAUAUAAUGUUCUUCAAAAUCGCCAACCACAACAUCACUGUAGUCGGAUCGGAUGGCAGCUACACGAAGCCAUUCGCUACCGACUACAUUGCAAUAUCACCCGGCCAAACCAUCGAUUUCCUGUUGGAGGCCAACCAAAACCCUAGCCAUUACUACAUGGCUUCGAGAGUGCAUAGCGUUGCCGGAAGCUCUUCAGAAAACACGACCACCGCCAUUGUCGAGUACACCGGAAACUAUCCCAACUCGUCUUCCCCCCUCCUCCCCACACUCCCCCUGAUCAACGACACCAUUGCCUCCGAUAGUUUCACAGCGCGGCUAAGAAGCUUAGGUGGCAAAGAUCACCCAAUCGACGUUCCUCGGGAAGUAAAGAAAACGUUUCUCUUCACUCUCUCAAUCAACACAUUUCCUUGCCCGGGAUGUACCGGGCAGGUGGCUGGCCAGCGGCUGAAGGCAAGCAUCAACAACAUCACGUUCGUUCAACCGAGAAUCGACAUUCUUGGAGCUUACUACAAUCAGAUUCCAGGAGUCUACGACGAAAACUUCCCUAGAAACCCACCUUUCACUUUCAACUACACCGCGGAGAAUAUCCCUAGCGUCUACCGGACGCCUCAAAAUGGGACAGAAGUCGCAGUGUUGAAGUAUAAUACGACGGUGGAGGUUGUGUUCCAAGGUACUAAUCUUGGUAAUGGGGUAUAUCAUCCGAUGCACUUGCACGGCUACAGCUUCUACGUGGUUGGAAUGGGGACCGGAAACUUCAACAGGAAAAGGGACUCGGUCAAUUAUAAUCUUGUGGAUCCUCCUCUGCAGAAUACUAUUGCUGUUCCGAGCAAUGGAUGGACUGCUAUUAGGUUCAAGGCCAACAAUCCAGGUGUUUGGCUAAUGCAUUGUCAUUUGGAGAGGCAUGUUAGCUGGGGAAUGGAGAUGGCGUUUAUUGUGAAAAAUGGCAAGACUGCGGAUGCUAAGAUGCUGCCUCCGCCUCCAGACAUGCCCAAAUGUUGAGCCGCCUGAAACGUGAAAAUCUUGACCAAUUUCUAGCUUACUUUUCUUCGUCUGCUUCAUUUAUUUGUAUUUCUUAUGUGUCUUGUGUGUUUAACAUAGUUUGAUUGUUUAAGUGUGACAUUAAAUUGUCAUGUCAAUUGUAACUCAAGAGUGAAUUCAUUUUCAAGAAUUAAUAAAAUUUGUGUUGUGUGUGU